AUGGUCAACUCCUGCUGUGGAUCCGUCUGCUCCGACCUGAGCUGCGGAAGAGGCUGCUGCCAAGAGACCUGUUGUCAGCCCGGCUGCUGCAGUAGUCCUUGCUGCCCCCCGACGUGCUGCCAGACCACUUGCUGCAGAACAACAUGCUGCCGCCCAACAUGCUGUGUGACCAGCUGUUGCCGCCCGACCUGCUGUAGGCCCACUUGCUGCCAGUCGGUCUGCUGCCAGCCUACGUGCUGCCGCCCAGUCUGCAGCGUGGCCAGCUGCUGCAGGCCCUGCUGCCCCCAACCUUGCUGUGUGUCUACCUGUUGCAGGCCCUGCUGCCCCCGACCGUGCUGCGUAUCCAGUUGCUGCAGGCCCUGCUGCCCCCGACCCUGCUGCCCCCAACCUUGCUGUGUGUCUACCUGUUGCAGGCCCUGCUGCCCCCGACCCUGCUGUGUGCCUAGCUGCUGCCAGCCUUGCUGCCGCCCAGCUUGCUGCCAAACCACUUGCUGCCGGACGACUUGCUGCCGCCCAACCUGCUGUGUCCCCACCUGCUGCCAGCCUUGCUGA